AUGUUGUUAAAACGUACACUUUUCGCUGCUUUUAUAGCCUUUUCUCUACUCGCGUUAUGUCUCAACGCAACUCCCCUACGUCGUGACGUCGGUGACGAAGCAGCUGUCGAUUUAAUUAAACUUGACGGCACCGUUACUUUUAUUCAACGUAAAAAAGUUGUCACAAUUUUUGGAAAAUUUAAGCAAGGCUUCACUGAAAAUGAUCCCGAGAAAUACUUUAUCCAGAUUGGUUCUGGACAAUUACAAUCCUUUGCCCAAUUGGAUAUAGUAAUUGUGGCACCUGGUACCGCAUCAUUUUCGCAUACUUUAUUUGAAGAUCUUGAUCAAAUCGAAAACAAAAAACUCACGGUUUUUCACAAUAAACUACCCCUCGCUUCGGGAACUAUAACUCCCGUUCGUUAA